AUGUUGAAAGUGACUCUUCUCCUGGGGUGCCUCCUGAGCUUGGCCUUUGUUCAAGGGAACUUGCUCCGCCGCGCUCGCUCCUAUUCCAGCUCCAGCUCCGGCUCCAGUUCUGAGGAGGGAGGAAAUGCAGCUUCAACUAUUCCUCCUUGGGCUCAGAAACUUUUCGCCAUGUUACUGACGGCUACUACUCCUACUACCACCACCACAUUUUUUCCUCCCACAGUUGUGACCAUGCUGAAGGUCAGCCUUAUCCUGGGAUGCCUUCUGAGCUUGACUGUGGCUGUUCCAUUACAGAAAACAAUGGAGCACAAGCGCCUCGCCCGCUCUUCAAGUGAGGGGUCUCUGCUGGGGUCGAACAGUGUAACCAUGCUGAAGGGCGCUGUCAUCCUGUGUCUGCUGAGCCUGACUGUGGCCGGUCCACUACACAGAGCUGAAGAGCACAGGUGCCUUUCUCGCUCUGAUUCAGCGUUACAAAAGGGAGGUUUCUUAACUUCCACUUUCUCCUUAUUGAAUCCAUAUUUUCUUCAGCUUUUUAUGAGUCUGUUCACGACAACCACUGCUAUAACUAUGGCCACCCCCAACGCAGCGUCUGGAUAG